AUGUCCAUGAAGGUAGAGCACAGGUGGGUCCGCAUCUCCGGACACCUCCUACAGUUGGCUGGCUUCAAAAAGCACGCCCGUGGUCCCACGAUGAUGGCGGGAGCUGCACUGGAUUACGGGCAGAAGAUCUUGUUCCAGAUGAGGAUUCAGGCGGUUGAGGAGAAUGCAGGCGAAGAUGUACCUGACGAUAUUAAGCCGGGAGAUGCCUUGGUGGUUGUCACAGAGCUGGCGGUUACAUUUCCGUUUAUAGAGAUUCACGAUUGACGUCCUCGAAAUGCUGCGGGGUUUCUCCCUGACGCCACAUCACCUGGAAGAGCGUUGUCAGAUGAUCCGUGAAAUGGGGAACACCGUACCUGUAGAUCUCAGCGGGGAUCGCGUCCGAUUCGGGCGCUUUCCUGCUGAACAGCUGCUGCACAGCCUUCAUUGUUUCGUAGAGAAAGGGUGGGAGGUCGAGGUUCACGUUGGUCUCCACUUGAGGCAGACGGGCGAUGGCGGCGUCAGAGAUGGUGGGAGGACGGGUGAGGACGCCCCUGAAGCGCUCGGCCCAUCGCUGUUGCAGUUAUGUCUUCUCAGUGAGUAGGGUGGUUCCGUCGGCACUGAGGAGAGGAGCGGUUCCUUCGCCUAUGGGACCGCAGACAGCCUUGAUCGCGGCGAAGAAGUUCUCACAUUCUUUGCUGUCAGUGUAACCUUGGGUCUCCUCGGCCUUGCGAGCCGUCCAGUGGUCCUGCAUUUCGAGUGACCGUUGUUGCACAAGGCGGCGACUACGGUAGAAGGCUGCUUUAUUGUCGUCGGUCGACAUAGGCCUUUUGCAGACGGUUCUCCUCGGCAAGCAGGUUGAGAAUAGCGGCGGCGUCGUUGUCGUCAAGUCAGUCCUGGUGUUAGCGGCGCGCGCGACCAGGGAUGGCCAAAACCGUCAACUGGGCUGUGUGCCGCAGUUGGCACUAUCGGUUCACCACGGAGGCGUUUUCGUCAGCGGCGGUGGCUGUAGCGACUGGAAGGCUGGCUAGUCGCUGGAAUGGGCAUAGUGAGCAGGCAAGACAACAAAGUAGUAUUCAGCUUGCCUGGGGACGCUUACCUAGAGGUCUCCUGUGGGACUGCAGACUAAUCCACAUCAUCGAGGUGACGAGACGGUAGUCGGUUCACCCGUCGGCAUCCGGAACCGUUUUUGUCACCAGCACGUCCUGCUGGCCUCGCCUCCCGACGACGACAUAGUCCAGCAGGUGCCAGCGUCGCGUCCGAGGGUGCAUCCAGGUGGCCUUCUCUCACAAGGGAAGGCGGAAGUAGGCUUAGGUCAGGAGGAGCCGGUGUUCUGCGCAGGCUCGUAUGAGGAGCAGGUCAUUGUCAUUGGAGCCGUUGAGACCAUGGGGACCCAACACUCCUCUCUAAGCAGCAUGGUCUGUGUCGACGCGGGCGCUGAAGUCAUCAAGGACAAUCAACUUAUCCGCCUUCAACACAGUCGCCAGGAGUUCGUGCAGGUCCUCGUAGAAUUUGUCUCUUGCGGUGUCAGGGCUGGUCAUCGGAGGAGCGUAGGCUCUGAUGAUGGUGGCGAAGUUGCCUUUCCGGAGAGGCAGACGGAGGCUCAUCAGGCGAUCCUUGAUGCCUGCAGCAGACAGGGCUGUCGUCCAACGAUGUCGUUCUGCAUGGUAAAGGCGACGCCUGCGUCCCGUCGCUCUUUCUUCGGGCGACAACUCCAGUUGGCCUUGUUCGGAGAACCGGGUCUCACUGAGUGCGGCGAUGUCCACCUUGUAGCGCACCUGUUCACGAGCCACUAG